AUGGAGAACUUCCAGUACAGUGUCCAGCUGAGUGACCAGGACUGGGCUGAGUUCUCAGCCACCGCUGAGGAGUGUGGCCUCCUGCAGGCCAGCCUGGCCUCUGGGGACGAGCUGCUGUCCAGUGACAUUGACCAAGGGGACAGCAGCGGCAGCAGUCCCCCCGGGCCUCGGCCCCUGCUCGGGGGGAGUGGCUGGCCUGGCUUCGAGGAGGAGGACCGGGCGGCCACGAAGCAGCUGGUCAGCAGGUCUUGGCAGGAGCCCGCCCUGGCCCUGGGGGCCGGUCAGCAGAUGCCCAGCACGUCAGCACGGUCAGAACCCCGGCCGUCCCUCAGCUCGGGCGCCGCCUCUCCCGGCCAGAGCGUGCCCCUCCAAGGGCCAGUGCCUUCCAAAGACGAGAUGCAGAGGCUUCUGCAGGGGCCAGCCCCCCGGGACCCUGCCCCUCGACCCCCUGGUGAGCCUCCUCCAAGCCCUGAGUCCCCAGGCCGCAGCCCUCUGCCCCAGAGGCCCCCCAGCAGCCCUGGAGCCCCACCCCGAAGCCCCAGCCGAAAGAAGAGGCGCACUGCGGGUGCCAAGGGGGGUGGGCGCUCGAGUGCCGCGGGCUCUGCUCCCACAACCCCGCUGGGCUCCCCGCUGCUCGCUGAGGCCAGGCCCAAGGAGGGCCGAAGCCCAGCUGGGUCCAGGGGGAAGGGCCCCUCAGCUGGGCCAGCCGAGCUGACUGCAGGAGCCGGGCAGGAUGAGCGGGGCCUGGAGUCUGCAGGGGCCCCUGAGCAGGUGGCCUGGCCGGGACUGGAUCUGUCUACACCUGUCCUCACGACUGAGCAAGGUACGGACCCACUCAGCAUGACCCCCGGAGCUGGGCCACACGCUGUGGCCACACCUGCCCCAGAGCCUGGUCCAGAUUUCUCAAUGGCUAAGUCAGACCCAGCUCUGUCUACACCCGCCUCCAAGCCUCAUCCUGAUACAACUCCGUCUACACCCACCUGUGAGCCUCAUCCUGACACACCUCAUCCUGACACGGCUCCGUCUACACCCGCCUGCGAGCCUAGACUGGAUGUGGCCCUGACCCCACCGGGCAGAAAGGUCAAGCCGCAGGUGGACUCAUCCGCACCUGCCUCGAAGGCGGAGUCUGAUGUGGGUGCACCCACCCUGGCCUCCAUUCCCCAGGCCGGGCCUGACACGAUGGAGGCCAAGGGCGCCCCACAGGCCAAGUUGGAUUUGGGCUCUGUGGUGUCUUCAGGAGGGCGCCAAGAGAAGCCCAGAGGGGAGUCCUCCGCAGGUGCCCUUGGACACCCCUCGGGGGAGCCCCCCCCAGGACCUGUCCCAGGCAAGAAGAAGAAAGUGCGGUUCUCUGUGUCUGAGCCCAGCCCCGAGGAGCCGGGGUCAGAAGAGGCCACGCGCCCGCUCUCACCAGCGACAGCCUGGCCCUCAGCCCCCAGGACGGCCUCAGGGGGCCGCGGGGGGCCUGGAGCUUGGGACGCAGUGGCGGUUGGGCCCAGGCUUCCCCAGCCUCGGAUCCUGAAGCACCUGCCCCCCCCUGCCGCCUUUGCUUCGGGCGGGCCUGGGUAUAAGAGCUGUUUUGCCGUGACCGUCCCUGAGGCCUACGAGUUCUUUUUUUGUGACACCAUCGAGGAGGUGGAUGAAGAGGCUGAGGAGGAGGCAGAGGAUGGCGAGGCCCAAAUGCAGUGGCCAGAAGUGUGUGAGUUCUUCUUCCGGGACAGCCGAGCCAAGAGGUCUGGGCCCCAGGGGGGCCACUCCCCGGCCCCAACCCCAGAGGCCAAGCCUGUGCCAGCCCCUCUGCCCGGAGACCCCAUGCCCAUCUCCUUCCCCGAGGCCUAUGAACACUUCCUUGGGGAGGACGGGCUGGAGGACGUGCUGGAGCCGGCUGCCCUCCUCCAGCUGCAGGCCCGGGAGGCCCCCACGCCGGGGCCCCAGGGGGUGCAGCCUGGCCCUGCACUGGAGCCCAGCCCAGAGGCCACAGAGCAGCUCGACCUGGUGCUCAGGCAAGCAGGGGAGCCCUGGGGUCCUCUCACCUCGUUUACCUUCAGCCAGAAGGACAUGUGCCUGGUGUUUGUAGCCUUUGCCACCUGGGCUGUGAGAACCUCAGAUCUGCACACCCCAGACGCCUGGAAAACAGUCCUGCUGGCCAACAUCGGCACCAUCUCUGCCAUCCGCUACUUCCGUCGGCAGGUGAGGCGGGGACGCCGAAGCCCCAGCCCCUAGGAGCCAGACUCAGCCCAGGAAGACGCAGGACCAGGAAAUGGCCACAGGUGCUCAGGCCGAGGUGCUGCCCUCUGGCCUUGCCCUUUGACCUUUGUGUUCCACGGCAGCAUCUAGAAGGAGCCAGUGUCCUUGGUCCUGGCUUUUUUGGACUCCACCCGAGGCUCAGGCCAGUGGCCGAAGCCCAGGCUGUGCCCGCACCUGGGAGGGGAGACUGGGAAGGUUGGGUGGCUGGGGUGCAGCAGGGAACUGGUUAGGAAGGUGGCCAGAUUAGCAAAUAAAGCAGGGUGUCCAGUAAAGCUGGAAGUUCAGACAGGCAGUAUGUGAGACUGCUUAUACUAAGAAAUUACUUGUGGUUUCUCCAAAAUCAAAUGGAACUGGGCCUUUGUAUUUGGUCUGGUUAUCAAGUUAGAGGGUGAGUGGUGGGAUGGAGCAGGAAAUCAGAGGGUGUCCAAGUACCUGGA